AUGGCGACUGGUACGAAACAAGUCAUCGACAUCUUCACAAACUAUCCAAACACGCAGGAAGUCUUGAAGGAUUACAAUAGACUAUUAGAAAGUCGACAUUUGGAUGUAAAUCCACCAGACUCGUCGGAAUUUCUAACCAAAACACUCAAAAUGAACACCCAACCGGAAGUAGGAAAUAUACCAAGGACUAUCACGGCCAAAGCAAGCACACAAAUUAAUUUCGACACCAGAAAACAAGAAAAACACAAAGAAAAAGAAAAAAGAGAUGAUUAUUACGGUUACCAGAGCGGCCAUUUUGAUAGCGCUGACGAUAACUACUGGAACCACUUCCACGACUAUACUAAUCACGAAAACACCGAAAAUAUUAACUCCGAUGAUGUGCUAGAGUCAGAAUAUGGAACUUUUGAAUCAACACAUCAAAAUACAGAAAAUUAUCAAAAUAAUUUCGAUUUACAAGCGCAGGCAUCGAUAAAUCACGUGUCUAACCCCACAAAUCUACUAGAUCUUAACAAUUUUAUGGAAAUUGUAUCACAUAGACCCUCAUUUUAUACAGGGUCUUCCCUAAGUCCACACAGUGGUAACAGAAGAAAUAAAACAAUAAUCCUACCGCCUGAUUACGUUGAUUUCACCAUCGAUGAAGAUAAACACGAUGACCUUGAGAGUGAUUUCGGUGAAAUUGUCUCCACGACCAUAGAUAAACAUAAAAAACGCAAAGAAAAGACGGAAUUACAAACCUCGGUGAAGCUGCAUGAGGGAUCUGAGAAGUUCCUCUUGGGGCAUGAUUACGGGCCGUUGGAGACUAUAAAGAACAAAACAAAACACAUCGCUAAUAAGUUUCUGAGCUUGUUUACCGUGAUACAAUUCGCGAAUUUCAAGUGUCAGGCGAAUUCGGCGGUGAGUCAAUAUGAGGGCACUUGUUAUUUGGCUUCGGAGUGCGCGGAGAGGAAUGGAGUCGCUAUGGGGAUGUGUGCGGAGGGACAUGGCGUCUGUUGUGUUUUCCGUGGAACUUGUGGAGGCGUAGGAUCAAACAAUUGCACCUAUUUCGAGUCCCCAGGAUACCCGAAUUAUUUCCCGCAAGAUGGCGGCGUGGUUGUCCCCACGUCAACCACAUCCAACCCUUUAACUCCAGAUCCACGUUUCCCUAGCCUACAAUUCUUAACUGUUGAGAGUCGCCAAUCCGAAACAGCAAAUGCAUUAUCCUGUAUUUUCCGUGUUUAUAAAUCAUCAGAUAACGUGAGACAAAUGCGCAUCGAUUUUAUUGACUUGGAAUUAUCCGGACCGACGAAUGGUGUUUGCGUGAAUGAGUCACUGAUUAUCAGUGGCAGUGGAUUAACCAGUGGCGUGCCUCCUAUAUGUGGAUACAACACAGGCCAACAUGUGCUUGUGGAUGUUAGUAAUCUAUCCGGACCUCUACAACUCGCUGUGCUGGCUAAUGUAGUAAACCGCAAGCGUUAUAAAAUAAGAAUAUGUCAAUAUACAGACGGAUGUAGCGGUUUGAUGAAUUGUCUACAGUCAUAUUCGGGCGUGACUGGCACAAUUCAAAGUUUUAAUUAUGAUCAAGCAGCGACAUUGAGUAGAAGCAUGCCUGGGUAUUUUAACAAUCUGAACUAUGCAAUUUGCAUACGACGCCAGCCUGGAUACUGUUCGAUUACAUACACGAAUAUAGGCCCCAAUGGAGUUGUAUACCCUUUUCAGCUUCGUAAUUUCGAUGAUGAUGGCAGCCUGACGGUGCCGGCCGGCCAAGCCGGUGCUGGCGUGAUUAACUGCCCGGAUGAUUACAUCGUCGUGAAUGGUAUACGGCUCUGCGGUGAUCGUCUCAACGAUGGUUCUCUCAUUGAUGACUUCUCUGCCAACGCUCCAGUCACUGAUACAAGCGGUGGUCCGAUCAUAAUCCCGGUGAGAACGAACGCAGCGAGUACCGGUCGUGGAUUCAAGCUGUUCUACACACAAAAUCCUUGCUCGACGAGCGGAGGAUCAGCCGGCACACCAGAUCCACGUAUUUAAACAGUUUUCACUAUAAAUCACAAUGCAAUUCGGCUUGGAACACAGUAAAAACUUGAAAAAACAACGGAACGAAAUGUACACUCAACGGUUAGGGCAACGGUUAGUGUACAGUAGCAGGCAAAACAGUUUGCAUGCUGCCAACCUCAGGAAACCAAAAAAUUCAAACAGAAAAACAAAUAUUUAUUGUUAUUUAUGUUAAAAUACGUUUUAUUUAUGUGUUAUAUAUUUAUAAAUUGCUUACAUUUAAUUUUGUUUUGUUUCAAUGUGUAGAAAUGCCAUUAAAAUGAUAAAAAUAAAUUUAAUUAUUAAAA